ACGAUGACGUCGACGAAGACGAUGACGUCGACGAAGACGAUGACGUCGACGAAGACGAUGACGUCGACGAAGACGAUGACGUCGACGAAGACGAUGACGUCGACGAAGACGAUGACGUCGACGAAGACGAAGACGAUGACGUCGACGAAGACGAUGACGUCGACGAAGACGAUGACGUCGACGAAGACGAUGACGUCGACGAAGACGAUGACGUCGACGAAGACGAUAACGUCGACGAAGACGAUGACGUCGACGAAGACGAUGACGUCGACGAAGACGAUGACGUCGACGAAGACGAUGACGUCGACGAAGACGAUGACGUCGACGAAGACGAUGACGUCGACGAAGACGAUGACGUCGACGAAGACGAUGACGUCGACGAAGACGAUGACGUCGACGAAGACGAUGACGGCUCGAUUUUGGAGGAUAAUAAUGUCGUUGUUGUUGACGCUGUUAAUGCUGUUGUUGUUAUUGUCGGUGGUGUCAUUUUAGUUGUUAGUGUAGUUCUAGCCGCUGUUGUUGUUGCUGUUGUUGUUAAGGCCGGUGUCAUUGUACAUGUUGACUAA